UCGGUAAAACAUUAACUGCUGAAACUGUCUCUGAAUAUCUGCAUCGUCCAUUAUAUGCUGUCAGUGUUGGUGAAUUAGGUAGAACAUCUUAUGAAUUAGAAGCUAAAUUAGGUGAAAUUCUUGAAGUUGCAAAUGUUUGGAAUGCUGUCAUUCACAUUGACGAAGGUUCAAGUAAAAAUGAUGUAAAUCGUUAUGGUAUGGUGGGAAUAUUCCUAAGAUUAUUAGAAUAUCAUCAAGGAUUUCUCUUUCUUACAACCAACCGUGCACGUGCCCAAAUUUGGCGUACUUUCUUGGAUCAUGCCGAUGGUAAAGAUAAAAGUCAUGUUGAUAUUGAUAAAUUAAAACAGCGUGGUUUAGAAAUUAAAACUGCCAUUAAACUGGCAAAGGCUCUUGCUACAAAAUCGGAUCCUAACGCUAAAACUGUUUUAGCCGCAGCAGCCCACAAACUCGACAGCAAAUUGCUUUGUCGACCUUUUAAUUCUCCCUCUCCUGAAGACAUCAAAGAAAUUAUCCAAGAAGCCGGCUUGGAAAAUUAUGGAGCCACAAAAUUGUUCGACGGCCAAACCGGAUAUACUAGAAUAUUGUACAUAUCAUAUGAAUAUGAAGACAGAGAUGACUUAAGUGAAAAAAUAGGUGUUUAUCUUAGAUCUCUUGAGGCUAUUGCCAACAAUGAAGAAGGGCAAAGGAGUAAACGAGCAAAAGAGUUGCUUGGAAAAUAUAGAGAGAAUGAUCGAUCUGAUCGUCAAAAAUCACGAAACUGGAAUAAUGAUAACUUCUUAAUCAGCAUUAAUAACUCUACAGUUUCUGGAAAUGUUCAAGGAAUUGUUUCGAAUAAGAAAAUAAUUAGUAAUGCCUUAGAUCAAAAGGAUAUAAAAUCAAAAAAGGAUGAGGAGUCUGAGAUGAUCUCAGAAAUUAUUAAAAGUGGUGAAGGUUUGGAUAUCAAGUUGCUUAAGUUGUAG